CUAUAGGAUAAUACAAAUAAAAUAUAUUCAAUUCUAAUCAGAGACAUUCAGUGUUAUUGUGCUGUUAUGUAAUAAACUACUGUAGGUUAUAUGUUUCCUUUUUUAGAUCCCCCUCCACUCCCCCUUACCUCUCUUUCUUUCUCCAUGGUCUUCGUGCGGCUUUCAGCUAUACACUUUCCUCCCUCAUAUCACGACUGUUGUGAUGUCAGCUAUGCUUGAUUCAAGGAUGGGGACCUGUAGUCAAAAGGCUGUGUGUGUGUUCGUUCCAGCGAACAUGUGUAUGUGUGUGUGAGUAAAAUGUAAAAUACAGGAUACUUUUCGGCUAUAGGCCUAUUUACAAGAAAGCUUUCAUAGUCGUGAGCCCAUUGUUUUCUUCUUGGUAAAAUUUUUUUUCAAAGAAAGGUAAUUGUAAUCAUAUCACAAAUUAGCCUCUAUAUUAAUUUGGGUCCCCCCAACCCUCUCCCGUAUUCUCUAAUCCGCCCACAUGUGUCAUAUAGAAGGGGGAAAAAAACAGUGCAGAAGGUGACGCUCUUCCAAGCAAACAGAGAGACAGAGACAGGGAAACGUGCGCGCGAAGAAAUAGGGAGAGGAGUUGUCUACAGGCUAUACAAUAUCUCCAUUGUGACAUUGGGAGGGGGAGAUAUAGAAAGAAUUGAAUGGUAGCUACACCCUGCGCGUAGAAGCGUAGAGGCACUAUAGGAAAGACUGGGAAUUAUUUUUUGGCAAUAACAGAGGUGGGAGAGGGGCAUCGAAAUCGAGAAAAAAUAGCCUGAGACAGUUUUCUUAGGUAGAGGUAAUAAGCGACAAUAACGAUAACUAAACGUCAUUUUCAACAACAGGCACUCCUAUUUUGUCUCAUUAUUAUUAUUCGGAAAGAGACGCUGUCGUCUGAAAGCCAACAAGACACUGCAUGGAUAUUUUCUCUGAAAUCAUACAAAAAACGAUCUUACAAAGAAAACUACAUUUUGAUUGAUCUUGUGGGUUAAUGUGCGUGUUCUUGCACGCACGCAGGCACACGAAACGAACCUGAACCAAAAGCAAACUCCUCCUCCCUCCUCCUCCCUCCGUUUUCUCGCCUCCUCUCCCUCCCCCAGUUCUUCUAUGCUCAGUUCGGUCUGCGUCUCCUCUUUCAAAGGGCGCAAAGGUGGGAACAAGUCGUCCAACAAAGCAUGUUACACUGCAGACAUGACUUGUCCGUCGGAAAGCGAGAAAAUCGUGAUAAACUGCGGGGGGGUGCGGCAUGAAACCUAUCGAAGCACCCUAAAAACGUUGCCCGGUACUCGCUUAUCUUGGCUUACCGAACCGGACGCCUUUAGCAACUUCGAUUACGACCACAAAAACGACGAGUUCUUCUUCGAUCGCCACCCUUCCGUCUUUUCAUUCAUCCUCAACUAUUACCGCACAGGGAAGUUGCACUGUCCGAACGAUGUGUGCGGUCCGCUGUUCGAAGAGGAGCUGGCAUUCUGGGGCAUCGAUGAGACGGACGUGGAAGCUUGUUGCUGGAUGAAUUACCGGCAGCACAGGGACGCAGAGGAGGCGUUGGACAGCUUUGAGAAUCCCGAACCGGAGUUGCCAGAAGACGACCCAGCGCUACCAGGAGGCGCAGAUGGGGACAUGAAAAGACUGUGCUUGCAUGAGGACGGAAGGAAAAAGACUUGGUGGGAAAUCUGGCGGCCCAGAAUGUGGGCCCUUUUUGAAGACCCCUAUUCCUCAAAAUAUGCCCGGUACUGCGCGUUCCUCUCCCUCCUGUUCAUCCUCAUCUCCAUCUCCACCUUCUGCAUGGAGACGCACGAGGCCUUCAACACCAUCUACAACAAGACGGAGAACGUGACGGAGGGAAACGUGACACGCGAGGUAAUCGUCUACGAGGUGGUGACCGACAGCUGGCUUACGUACGUGGAGGGCAUGUGCGUCAUCUGGUUCACCAUUGAGGUGAUGGCACGCGUGGUCUUCUGCCCGGACAAGGUCGAGUUCUUCAGGAGCACCCUCAACAUCAUCGACUUCAUUGCCAUCAUGCCUUUCUACCUGGAGGUGGGGCUGAGCGGCCUGUCCUCCAAAGCCGCCAAGGACGUGUUGGGCUUCCUGCGCGUAGUCCGCUUCGUCCGCAUCCUGCGAAUCUUCAAGCUGACCCGCCACUUUGUGGGGCUUCGCGUCCUGGGCCACACGCUCCGCGCCAGCACCAACGAGUUCCUCCUGCUCAUCAUCUUCCUCGCUCUCGGAGUGCUCAUCUUCGCCACCAUGAUCUACUACGCCGAGCGCAUCGGCGCCGACCCUGACGACCCUACGGCCGCCAAACACACAAACUUCAAGAACAUCCCCAUCGGCUUCUGGUGGGCCGUGGUCACCAUGACCACUCUGGGCUACGGGGACAUGUACCCUGAGACGUGGUCGGGGAUGCUGGUGGGCGCGCUGUGUGCCCUGGCAGGGGUACUGACCAUCGCCAUGCCUGUUCCCGUCAUCGUCAACAACUUUGGCAUGUACUACUCACUGGCCAUGGCUAAGCAGAAGCUGCCCAAAAAGAAGGGCAAGCACAUCCCCCGGCCCACCAUGCCAGGCUCGCCCAACUACUGCAAGCCUGACGCCCUCGCCAUGGCCACCGCCUCGCCCCAUAGGAUCCUGGGUAAUGUACUCGGCGAGGUGAUCGGGUCCGGAGGCUUCGACUGCCCCCUUGCACAAGAGGAGAUCAUAGAAAUCAACCGAGAUUCCAAGCAGAACGGUGACGCGGCCACUGCGGCCCUGGCGAACGAGGACUGCCCUACCAUCGACCAGGUGCUGAGCCCGGACGAGCGGAGCCCCGCGGGGCGAGGGGGCACCGGAGUAACCCGGGAACGCUACCAGCAGGACCGCGCUUGCUUCCUGCUCAACACCAGGGAAUUCCGCGCCACAGAUGGGAAUGUGCGGAAAGUGUUAAGUUUCUAGCAUUUUCUCUAAAGAAGACAUAAUCAGAAAUUAGCAGAGGGAGCCACUUUACCAAGACGUGUGACACGGAUGGACAGUUAAAAGGCAGAUCUUUGGCGUGACAAGAGAGAGACUGGAGGGUAAUCAAGAUAAACAUGAGGUUGGAUCUUUACGUUGUUACCAAAGCAGCCUCUUGGAAACUCCGGCCACACUUUUGAAGACUGUCUGACAGAUCACUAUGACGACUGACUGAGCAUUGCACUGACACACUCAGAGAGAAAAGGACUCCUACUGCAACAUUCCAGAAGACAUUAUAUCGUGACGCUCAACCAUCUCACAGUACAGUGACCAAUAACUGACUGCAGUGCUGAUCUACUGAGCAACUUAGAGAAUCAAUGAAUUAUCACUCAUCUAUAAACGAGGGACCAGGUCUAACUAACUAUGUAGCAUCUCUGCUAACACUGUAGCAUUUGUUAGCUGGGAAAAUAACGUCAUGACCUUAUCCAUCGACAGUUUUGAACAGAGUGAUGCGGAAAGACGCACUAAAUGAAAACUUUACAUGCUGUUUUCCUCUUGUGUUAUUUACUUUUACAAGAAACUAUUGUACAUGAGAGACAAAGACACGUUGCGCCUUAAACGGUUCUUUGGAAAAUUUGUGACAGCAACUAAACCAGUUACAGGUUAAAUGAACAGAGAACUGAAUUUGGACAUUUUAUAUAAUAUGUCUGUUCUCCCACCUCAUGAAUGUGUUCAUGACAUAUAGAUAUUACAGAGAUUGGUUAUCAAUUAAGCCUUUACGUCUUCCAUUAAUUUCCAUUCAAUUUGGAAAGACGAUGCCAGGCCCCCAACAUAGUGUAAUACGUACAUAUGAUAGAAGUACAUAGAUGACCAUACCAAACGGAUGUAGCAUCAAAAGAGAAUAGUAUUAUAUUUCUUAUCCCUACAAAUAAUUAUUGAUGAACAAGAUUCUCUCUGUCUCUCACGUACUUACCUUGAAAUCCACGUGGCGUACUGUACCAAAGGUGCUGUGCAUGCACUUGCUGUAUGACCAGCCUAUAAAGUAACAACCAUAUGGGCUGCUAUGGGAUGAACAUUCCAUAUAUCUAGAGCAAAGCUUUGAACUGCCCUUGACACCUUCGCUAUCGCCUUGCUUUGGUACAAAAGUACAAGUUGGAAAUGCCAUUCAUGUAUAUAACAGAGGUAAUUCCUGAGUAUAUUUUAAAACAUAUUUAAUUGAAUUAUAUUUAUUACAAUUACAUUCCUCUUGAACAAAAGCCCUUAAUGCACAUACAUGUAUGACAGACACUGCUAUAGGUCACUGUAAAUUGACUAACUUACCCGCUGCUCAAAUCAAUCAUGAGUAGAGCACAGACUGACUAAGGUCAAGUCCCAUGCACAGACCUGCCAACAGGAGGAAUAAGGUUCUAACUUAACUACAGCACAGAGGAUGCCUCCAUAAUAAAGAUACCUUGAAGUCACAUCAAAGUGUGUCCGGUGGUGGAAUAACUCCUCUGCUGUGGUUUUUACAAGGAACUAAACAUGCACAUAAUACUACUAUUAUUAUUCCAGAUGCAUAUAUACUGCCAAUGAGGAAAAUAUAUCCCCUUAUGCUUAUACUGCCCCCCAGAUGCAUACACUUCCCCCAUCUCUCUCUUGUUUCCCUUGCUGCCAAGCAAUGACCAAUGACUGCUUCAGGGUUAAGUCAAGCCUCCAACUAGAUAGGGAUGGUCCUCCAAAUGAGACCAUUAUUAAAGAAAAACCGAGGACAAAUGGACCAAGGAAAGUAAAAAGGGGGGACGUGUACAAAGAGAACAAAUCUAUAUUUUGAUAAACAAAUCAACUAUCCAUGGCUUCAGAUGGAGAAGGAGCACCAACAGAAAACAGGGUCAAAAUGCCAUUGGGGAAAUCAGUCGCAAACAUCUGUGAAUAUCAUAAAGAACUAUAUCGGAACUGGUUUGGUAAGAAAGAAAGAGAAAAGUAGAAGAAGAAGAAUAUAUGAGAGUUACGUUUUUGGAAGGUUGAUGUGGUGGUUUGACAUUAGCAACUGUGUUACUACAAUAAAGAAAAUAAUGACGAGAGUCACAUGAGCGGGAGAACGCUAUGGGGACGGCCCAGAGUGGGUGGACGCUGCGCUAAACAGGAAGAAGGAAAAAAAUAAAAUGCAUUUUUGUAACUUUGUUUACCAGCAUGACUACUCUGCAUGACUGUCUUUUCUGCAAGCCCUUAGUUGAAGACAAGGGUGCUAGAGAUACACAAAAAAAACAUAUAUAAAAGGAAUUAUAAAAAAAAUGUUAUAUGCAAUUAAUAUAUAUAUAUAUAAAAAAAGAUUAUAAUGAAAGAGAAGAGCUAUAUUUUGUUUUGAAAAAGUAACAAAUGUGUAUAUUGAAACAUGUAUGUUUGCAAAAUACACACUGAACUAUUUUUUGUUGGAUGAAAUCUCUCUGCUACUACUGCCCCACAUUCUGCACUCAUUCAUUCCACUUUAUUGACCUCUGCAGUACAGUCUGCUUUUAUUAAGCUGUACUUAAGUGUUUGUUGCUUCUUGUUUCAUUUUUUUAUUCUAGCCAGUUAUCAUUAAAAUGAGCAUUUAAGGGUUCAUUUCACUCUUCAUAUUUGUGAAGUGAUCUUAGCCCUUUUCAUCGAUUCAAAAACUUUCCCUCCCUUGAAUCAUUUUCACCACCACUGUAGCAGCCAUUUUAAAUUGAUAGCUCUCCAUACUGUAUGUUUGAAGGGUGUAUACAUUACAAAUAUACAAUGUUUGCUUUUUUUGUUGUUGUUGAGAAUAAUAGACUAUUUGUCAUAUGAUUGUAGCAGGGCAAAUUGAUACCAUGGAUGGCUAUCAUUUAAAGUUAAUUUCCAAUUGAGCCGUGAAUGCGGUAUCCGCGAACGUGGGAAUAUUGUCUUUAAAAGGUGCAUAGCUGACAAAGUGGAUUGAAUCACAGACUUUGGCCAGGGUUAAAAUGAAUGCAGAUUAAUGACCUGUGCACUGCAAUUGACUUUUAAAGGCGAUUUAAACUUCUUGAGUCGACAUCUGCGGCUUUUACAGCGAAUAUUAUCUGUGCCUUUAGAAGUCAAUUGCUGUGUUGGAUUGAAUCUAGGGCCUUAGUUAGUUAUCCAAUAAAGUGCAAUAUCUGUUCGUGAAAGAGAUAGGUUGGUCAAGAGAGAUUUGUUACUAGUCAAGAGAUUUCAGGUUUGCAUGAAACAAACUGCCAAUCCAAAGUUGUGUCUGUUUUAAAAGAGACUCAGGUGUGUUGGUGGUUUGUGUGGAUUUAGGUGGUUUGCUAUUUUUCGUACAUAAUAAAUUCUAGUAUAUAGAUACAAUAAUGUGAACACCUUACAGUGACGUGAAACGCAUGCAUUAUGACUUGAUUGUUGAUCUCCUGAGGGAACGCAGUCUCGACAUAUUCUAAGCUCCUUUGUUGUUCGUCAUGAAACCAGUCCUGAUGUUUUGAACACUGCGCCGUGUCGUAGAGCAGCAACGUCUUCCUUUUGAGAGACAACUGAACACUACACACACUCUCAGUGUCAGCAUGGGUCUGUAGAGGUAGCUUGUCCUUGUUGUUCGGUGGUCAGGUCUCGCAUUCGUUCGUCAUCCAUUGAGAACCAUCCAGCUGAUAGUCGUCACGGCAGCAGCUCACGGUAGCAUAUGUCAUGUUAUAACACGCUUCAUACAAGUUAUAACAUGUUAUAUCAUACUUCAUAAAAAGACCAAGAGCUUCCAAACUGAUGUCAUUGAAGUACUUUAAAAUGGAGGGGUGAGAGUGAAAGAACCAGUGGCCACUACUGUGCAAGUUGGGUAGAUGUAGAAAUGUGUAUUUCACUAGAGUUCCCCACUGUUGAACAGGUUGGGUGAAUGUUGGUUUUCCAGACACUAUCUUUAAUAACAGUGGCUUUCUCUGAGGGUGUAGGCCCUGGCAGGUCCAGGAUCAGCCCAGGCAGCUGUAAGAAAUGAUCUCUGUCCAUCCCUAGUCAUGCAUUCUAAUUGGACUAUCACCACUAGACUAGACUUAAAUGAAUGAACUACGGAGGCUACUCACUUAUUUAGUUCAAUCUAUGUUGGUUUUUACAGGGUCUACAACGUUGUCCACUUUCCGUGAAAAUUGGUCAAUGAUAUUUUUCUUCUUCCUCAACGUGUUUUGUUCACUUUUUCCUUUCAAACUAUGAUUUCAGUUAUUUUUUAGAAAGCAUUAAGCCGAUUAGGCUAUGGGGGUCGCGAAGUGAAGUGUUGAUAAAUAUUCUAGAGGUAAACUUCCAGCAACCAUGGUUCGUGAACUGAACACACUUGCAAAACCCCAAUAACUUUAGAUAUUUUUGGGGUUAAUAUGUUAUAAUAUAGAACAGUAUUGUUAAUACUUUCUCUGUUACUGACUGAUGAGUAUGACAUUCCUUUCAUUAUUAUUAUUAUUAUUAUUAUUAUUAUUAUUAUUAUUAUUAUUAUUAUUAUUAUUAUUAUUAUUAUUAUUAUAUACAAAAAUACAUGUGACUGCCCACAUCAGGCUAAAAACAAGAUGUCUUUCCUUUUCUAUUGCACAAUACUGCUACUUGAUUUAGCCAUGUUCAACACAAUGGGUUACAAUGUUAAGAGUGCUAAGUCUGUUUAUGUUCCAUUUACAAAAUGCCUUUUAUAACCAAGGGAUAUAGAUAUGGACUUUAUAACACUUUCUUAACCAAUGCUCAACAACAGCUACUGUAGAUGACACAUAAUGUGAGAUUCACCCACAACUGCAAUGAGUUAAGUGACUGUGACAUAUCCACUCAUGGUGUUAUGGAGUCCUUAUGUACCCUCACUGACUGUGUUACCCAUUUUUUUUAUCCCUGAUGAUCUAUCUAUAGUCAAUUCAUUCUCUGAUUUCAGUUUGUUCUAAUUUUGAAUUGAGGGUAUGCAAUCUACACCAUAAAUUCCACUGGUACUAUUCAUGUAUCUCAUGUACAAUUUUCAAUGAUAGCAACCAGAGACAACUAUGUCGUUUAACUACUAUGGGUAUGGAUAAAGAUAUUGCCAUGCUAGUUUAGAGUUGUAAGUUGUCCCUAAGAAAACAUAUAACUAACCCUUACCCUAAAGUAGUUGUAUUACCUCGAAACAUAGUAUAACGACAGACAGAAAAACAUAGAUAUACCUAUUGAACCUACUGUAUCAUACCCAUAUGGAUAGAUACAGAUACAACGUAAAGACAAGCACGAUAACACUUUAUAAUAGCUCAUGAACAAGCCAUUAGAAAUGAUUCUACAUGUCACUGAAAUGCUUGCAAAUAAAAAACGAGUUUAUUAAUAGUAUGUAUACUAUUUAUAUAGUUUAAUGCUUAUACUUGAAAGUUAUUAUAAAGGGUUAACAUAAACUCAUUAAAGACAUAUUGUUACAUAAUCUAAUGGACCAUAUUGCUUGUAUAGGUCCUAUGGAAAUACAGACCCCUUGACACAUGGCCUUGAGUUUAAUUAUAGACAGACAUAUGUAAACCUAGUCAUCAGCAUUCCAAAGACAAACAUAUUGUAUACUCAUCUCAUUUUUCACAACACUUUGUAAAACAGACUUAGAUAUUAUCGUUUGCUGCCAUGGUAGGAGAAUUAAUAGGAGAAAAAGAGGUGGUCACUGGAAUACAUGGUUGAGACUAAUGCUGUAUUUUAUUUUUGAAAUGUUGGAAACACAAAGUAUAAUUCAUCAAGAAACUGUAUAAAGUAUAUUUAUUUCAAUGGAAUGUUCAUGAUCUAUCUUUUUAUAUUUUGAAGAAAAAAAUAGAAACAUAUCAAUAAAGUAUCAUAAUUGAACAUAAUUUAGAAUAUUGAGACUUAAAAUGUAUGAAUGUCAAUGCGAUCUAAUGUGAACAGAAAUCUCCUUAGCAGCUUGAAUGAAUAAAUUAUUAAAGUCAUGAACUGCUUUUUCAAAGACAUUAAAUUGCUUCAAAUCAUUGAAAUGAACUUCAAAUAAAUGAAAAAUAUUUCAAAUCAA